AUGAAUGAGCCCUGGCCUGCCCUAGCUGCCCUCUCCUCGCCCCCCCCCCAGCCCGCCUUCGGAGCCCUAGCGCUCCCUGGCACCCUGGCACCGCGCUCUCGAGCCCUGCCUGGCCAGCACUGGGGGCUGGAACUAUCUCCAGGCUGUGACCUCUCUGCCCGCGGCCCAAAGGACACGUGGCGCCCGGGCAGCGGCUUGACCCACACACAGCAGAGGCGGCGCCCAGGGAAAGAAGAAGAACAUUUUCUGGUGUUCUGUGUAGAGGAGCUCACCGAGUCCUUAAAACAAGACAGCGGGGGCCGGGGCCUGGACCAGCCACCCCUUGACCAUCCAUCGCCCUCCAAGAAACAGGUCAGCUUGGACAUGAGGAGGGUUGAGCAGCCCAAGGCGGCCGGGCCGGCGCUGGGCUGGAUGUCUGGCUCCCAUAGGAAAAGGAGACCGAUGAAGGCCGAGCUGACGGCAGACAUGAUCAGCCCACCCCUGGGCGACUUCCGCCACACCAUGCACGUGGGCCGAGGCGGGGACGUCUUCGGGGACACCUCCUUCCUCAGCAACCACGGCGGGGCCGGCCGAGGUGGCGGGCGCUCUCCCAGAAGCUUCUUGCUCCGGACCCUGCAGCAGGUCCGGCGGGGCGGGCCUCCUCCCCGGGGCUUCGCCUCCUCGGCCGCCUCCUCCCCCGACCCCCCUGCCAUCUCCCCCAUCAUCAAGAACGCCGUGUCCUUGCCCCAGCUCCACCAGGCAGGCUACGACAGCGUGGUGGUGAGCAAGCUGAACUUCCGUGACAGCCCCCGGGGGUCCCCCGAUGGGCACCGUGGCUAUGGUCUGGAUUCUGGAUUCUGUACCAUCCCUCGCCUUUUACCCACUGAGAGGCCCCUGGACAAGGACAGCUCCUAUCCUUCAGAGUCUGACCUGCCUCGAUCGGACUCAGAGACUGAUCUGCCUCGCUCUGAUUCAGAGCCCAAGCUCCAUCGCUCUGACUCCAUGCUCUCCUUCCGCCUAGACCUAGGUCCCUCCCUCCUCAGCGAGCUCCUCAGUGCCAUGAGCCUGGCGGAGGUGCCUGGGAAAGAGCCAGGCCCAGCCCAGACGGCAGAGCCCCAGCCCCCAGCCCCAGAGCCCCAACCUCAGGGACAUUGUCCCAAUGGGGUCUCAGUGUCAAAGAGCCCCACUGGGGAGAAGCCAGGGAGCCUCCAGCCGGAGAAGCCGAGAGCAGCCGCCAGUAUGAACCCUGCCAGGGGACACUGGGUAGGCAGCUGGGGGCCCAGGCCCCACUAUAGCGAGGCCACUGCUCGGCAAGAGCUCGCUGGAGUGUUACCUCAAAGCCGGGCCUCAUGGGAGAGCCAGGAUGAGGGACUGGGGGUCUCCCCUUGCUGGGCAAGGAGCAGCUCCGAGAAGGAGCCGAGGAGGGUCCCGGUCCCCAGCACAGUUCAGGCAACCGCAUUCCAAUUUGCCGAUGAGGAUGAUGAGGUGAAUAUGUGAGUGUAGCCCUGCUGGCCCAGCCCCGGGACCUCCAGUGAAGUCCCCCCUCCCACCCCAUCUUGGAGGGCAGAGGAUUUGGCGUGGAGGGGAGUGAUCCACUUCACCUAAUAGGACAAGCGGCAAAGCCAGGAGCUGGAAGGAAGUGGAGGGCAGGUGAAGGGACAAGAAAGGAACUGGCAUUGCUUCAAAUCCCACCCCCCCCCGGCCCUGUCCCACCAGCUCAUCUUCCCCAGGCCAAACCAGAGUCUGUGGAGUUGGGGGAGACUUGGCAGGAAUCCCCCUCCUUGGCCAUUCCAUUCCCACCCACCCCCCUACACACAUAUCCUUCAAAGGGUGGUCAGGGGGGCAGGGCAGGCUUGCCCCCACACCAUCCUCUUCCUGGUCAGAUGAGGCUUCUAGGGCUAGGGAGGUGGGUUCUCACAGAGGGACAGCUGAGGGCAAUUUGUUCUGGGGAACAGUCAGCCCAGAGGGCCUGAGAGCCUGCUCUGACCCCACCUCCAGCCUUGGGCACCAGAUGCCCAGCUUCCCCCCAAUGCCACACCCACAGCCUAGCUGGGGCCAUACAGUGGAGCCUUUGUGACUAGGGGAGAGGAGGGAGGGGGGGACAGCACAGGAGCCCAUUGUCCUCACCACCACACUUUGUUGGCCAACCCGCAGGGGGUCCAUUCCAGGCUGUGAGGAGGGGGCUUUCCUUACCUCAGGGGUGCCUCCUGCCUCCCAUUAGGGCUCCCUGCUGGGGACUGGAAUGUGGCUCCCUAGCCCUUGCCCCUGACCCUGGGAUGAGGGACCCUCUUCUGCUCCCCCCCUCACCCCCACCCACUCCCAUCUCUUCCAAACUGUUUUAAAAGCCAUAACCAAAGGUCACCAUGACCUCAACCAGGAGGAAUGCCUCGCCUUGGCCUUCUGGCCAUCCAGAGAUCUCUCUGUCCAGCCUGAUUAAAAGAGGAGGGUUUGGUUUUUUGUUUGA